AUGGACUACACCGCCUAUCCACACAUCUUGGACGCAGUGCUUGCUCACUCCGACUGGCAGACACUGCAGGCCAUGCGCCUCACCUCCAAGACGCUCAACGACAAGGUCUGCAAAUUGAUCUACCGCCACGUCGUCAUCAAGGACGACUGGCACCCAGCCCAGCUCGUCGUUCGUGAAGCGUACUUCCACAGGCCCCUUUUCGCCCUCGAUCGAGACUCUGGCAGCGUCCGCCCCUCCCCUCGCUACCAGGGAGAGGAUAUCGGCCCAAGGGUUUCGGCAGAGGACGGCCUGGAGCGCCUGCGCAAGUACACGCGCAUAUACACCGGUGACUGGGAACACAGCCGGGGGCUGGCGUGGAACGCCAUCCAACCCGCCCUUGCUCAUGCCGAGGUCGUUCGCGAACAGCUUUCGGCCGUUGUCCCCAAGCCCCUUCCUUACCGCCAGGCGACCGUCUUCCUCUCGCUCAACACUCGAGAGCCCCUCCCCGGAAGCGUCCACGGCCGCCAUUUCGUCUUCACCCACGGCCUCCAGCCCCCCGGCCAGAUGGUGGUAGUCGUCAGCAACCGCCAGGACCGUCGGCGAUUUGGCCACCAGCACCCGUGUUGUCCCAAGCUCGAGGCCCUCUGUCACACUAUGGACGGCCUCAUGGGGGGCUUCUCGAUCAGCAUCACCAGCGUGGUGCUCAUAAGGAACGACAGCAGCCUGCCCCCAGCCCCAUACUGGGACACGUUCAUCACGCAGGUUCAGAGCACGGGGAACGCGAGGAUCAACAGUGGGGAUGUUCCGAACGCAACUCCGAUCACCUUCUUGCACACCACGCCAGACGAGUACCAGGCGGCCACUGGCAUGAGCGACUCGGAGCUCCACAUGCUGUUGACCCUUCCGAAUGUCAAGAUGCCAGUUCCACCCGUGUGGGCAGUGCCCGGGGGAUACACUCGUCCUCUCGACCCCUACCACCACAAGCCCUUGAUCAUCCUCGACCGCAAGGUUCCCGCGUCCCAGCGACUCCACGUGGCGGAAGACGACGAGCGCAACACCCCCUCGGCCACACCGGUGUGGAAGCAGGCGCUGGAGCGACUAAUCAAGCACACCCGUAUCCUCGACUUCCAGCAGGUCACCCCCUCCAGCGACCGGUCAUACCUCGCUCACUGGCGCACGGCCCUCGAACCCCUUGUCGCCAAGGUCAACAUUCGGCGCGAGGUGUCGGUGGGCUCUCCAUUCGCCUCCCUGCCGCCCCACGCUCAGCACCAGCAAUCCCUCAUGCUGUACAUCCGCACAGGCGACCUUACGACGGGUGAGUUCGCGACGUCGCACUACACCACGACGCGACUGGUCACCCGCGGCCCCUGCAAAACCCAUGCGCGAGAGAAGCCAUCCCGGCUCGGCGGUGCCGCUGGGCUGGACGGGCGGCGACGUGUCGCUGUCGUCACCGGGGCCGUCGGUGUCCUUGGGAGGAGCGCGAACGCGGCUGGAGCCGCGGCCAGAGGCAGAGGCCUUAUGGUUCUUGCGAGGGCUGUGGCGCUUCACCUCCUCCCUGCCGCUCCUGUUGCCGCUCCUGCUCUUGACGUCCUUCCAGCCCUUGUCGUCCUUAUCGUCGGCUCGGGUGGUGUUCAGGUUUGA